AUGCAGUGUGAAGAAGCUUCAGAAGGUGGCAGUCGUUUUAGCAACCCUAAGCCAUCCGAGCAAGAUAUUCGGCUAUCUCUUGGGACCGAAUCUGCUGAAAAUGUAAAUACCACUAAUGAAUUGUAUCUUCGUGAAAAACCUGCAAAUAUCAUUGCAGCCUCACAGCAAGUGCGAAAAAAGGCUCCCGGAGAGUGGUAUUUUGACAGAAACAUAUUUAUUCAUUCUCGUGGCAAGGAAUGCCAGUCAUAUCUUAACGAAUUGCUUCAAUCUCAAAUGCUCGUUCAGGUAACUACUUUCUUAUUCUACGUAAAUUAUGUAUCUAUAGGUUUAUCUUAUCGCAAUUAA